AUGCCUAACACAACCUUUAGCCCCGACGCUCUCCCUGAUCUCAAGGACAAAGUGUUUAUUGUUACUGGAGGAAAUUCAGGCAUAGGCUACUACACCGUAGCCCAUCUCGCAGAACAUGGCGCGCACGUAUACAUGUGCGCUCGCAACGUAGACAAGGGCACAGAAGCAAUAGCCAGAAUCAAGAAGAUGCACCCCUCCGCCCACAUCGACCUUCUACAAAUGGAUCUCAAAGACCUCACCAGCGUUGUCGCAGCCGCGCAACGUUUCCUCACGCUCGAGACCGCGCUGCACGGCCUCGUCAACAACGCCGGCAUCAUGGCAACGCCCUUCGAGCUGACUCAAGACGGGCACGAAGCACAGUGGCAGACCAACUACCUGUCGCACUGGGUAUUCACACACCACCUCCUUCCCUUGAUGCUGACAACAUCCAAAACGCUUCCCCCCGGAAGCGUGCGCAUCGUCAAUCUCACUUCGUCCGGACACUUGCAAGCGCCGAAAGGCGGGAUUAACUUCGAUAACCCCGCGUUGAAAGAUGCGGGCGACAUGGCUCGCUACGGCCAGAGUAAGCUCGCUAACAUCCUGCAUACCAAGUCGCUUCACAAGGCGUACGGUCCGGGGUCAGCAAGCGCCACCAACAACGAGGGGGAAAUCUGGACUUCGUGUGUGCAUCCGGGGCUCGUGGAGACGAAUCUGCAAGAGGGUGUUAACAAAUCGAAUCUUGCCAUGCAGGGCGUGAUCACCGUCCUGCGAAAGACUGGUAUGUUUUGGUCGUCGGAUAGGGGCUCGUAUAAUAGUCUUUACUGUGUUGCGGGUGGUGAAAUGAAAGCGGAGCAGAGUGGCGGGUAUCUUGAGAUCUUCGGGCGUUUUGGGGAGCCAACGUGCGAGAGCAAGCCUGCGAGGGAUGGGAAGCUUGCGGAGCGGUUGGAAGAGUAUACCAAGGAGGAGAUGGAGAAGGGAGCUCUGAUCUUCAACGCAGUCAUCAGCUUCCUCGAUCUUCUUCCGCUUCUUGCCCUCCUUAUGAUGAACGGCUUUAUGAUGCUCAUUCAUCUUAUCCUUCCUCCCCCUAAAGCCUCUGCCUUUCUUACCACCUACUGGAUUCCUGGAGCGCACGCAGCCGGACUCUGGGCAGAAGUACUCGAUCGAACGACGCGCGUGUAUGUUCUCGUGGUGUCGCUUGAAGUCAGCAUGACGGUUGAAGGUAAGGUCGUCACCAUCGUCGAGGCAGGCUUCGUUGAGACACUUGAACUUUCCCGCUAG